AUGCAAUUCAACCUGUGUACUCGUCGAGCUUCUCUAGCCCUGGAAACCCAGCAUUGUACGCCUGCACCAGAUCCACUGCCCCCAAUUCUCUGCCUCCCGCAAGAGAUCCUCGAAGAAAUCCUCGCGUCUCUCGAUUUGCACCAUGACCUCCUUUCACUUGCGCUAACAUGUCGCUUCAUGACCGCUCAAAUCAUCCCCAGACACACCGACUAUCGCAUCCUCUCCGUCCGUACACUCAAUCCCACCGUAUUCGCCCACCUUUCCCGUCGUGCGGAUCUAGCCCGCAACAUCCGUGAAGUCCACAUUCGCGAACGACAGAACUAUACCACUGCAGACCGUAUCCCGAAGGCGCUGGUGGACUCCAAUGUCGACUGCGACCCCCGAUUGAACGGGACGUACGACGAGAGGGUGAAGGUUGCGAACGUUGUCAAUGCGCUCAGGCAUAUGUGGGAUUUGCGAGCUUUUACGUGGUCGUGCAACUUCGGGGACGCACCUUCGAGCAAUACCCCCUCCGGACAUCAACAGAACGCGCAAGUGAAUGCACGCCAAGCGCGACCGCGACCCACAAGUGAGCCACUGUAUGAAAAUGCAAUUUUGGCUGAGGUCGUGCGGAAACCGAGCUUGAGGGAGUUUGGGAUUAGCGGGACGUUUGGAAGCCAUGUGUCGGGGCUGCCUUUGGAUAACACCUUUACAUAUCCAGUCUGGCAUCUUUCAAACCUAAAGAGACUGUGCCUGUCGGGCGAUGCUUGGCUCAAGACAUCCAAUGCUCUGCCACUCUGCAUUAUGCUUUCCCGGUCGCCGAACCUGGAGUACCUGGAGAUCCCCCUCGAGUUCAAGCAAAUCCAUGCACUACGUUUCCCCCAGCUGAAACACGUCAAGCUUCUCUUGUACUCUGGCGCUACCACCUCGGUGGACAACUCUUCCGCUCGCUUUCUGGAGAACAAUCCAACUAUUGAGAAGCUUUCGUGGUUCCCCAUUGGUGUUCCGGUAUUGAAGCCCGGAAUCCUCCCUAACCUCAAACACCUGAAGGCCAAUAUGCAGGUCAUCAAGGCUCUUGCGAGGGAGGCUGAGGCUGUGGCAACCUCACCAUCGCCGUCUACGAGCAAAACGUCAUCGGAGAGCUUGAUGCCUGGUUCUUCAAGCUCCUCUAAAAGGCUUUCGAAGAUCCCAGAGGAGACCGAGCCAGAAGAUGACCAUGACGAGGCCGAACCACCUGCGUCUUCAUCAGCUAACUCCUCAUCGUCGGUUCCUGUCGAGCCACGGUCAUUCGCGCUACCACCAGUGUCGCCUCUCGAUCAGCCAUCUGCACCACCUUGUACGCCCACAGAUCCCAUCUAUCCGCCAUCGUCUGCUCCGUACUUGCGCCUCAUCGAGAGUCUUGACAUCUCAGGGCUAUCCGGGUCGGAGUUACUUUCAUUACCUUUUUUCGAACGCAAUUCCCUAAAGCGACUCGCUUUGCAUCGCUUCAACGACGUUGAAACUGUCUUUGCCAUUUCGGAAGCGUUCCCAAACCUCCGAUGGCUAUCGCUCCCUGUCCGAUACUUCCCUACUUCGAGGCCAAGUGGUACGACCUCUACCUCGCAAACCCUAUCCCUCGACACACUCCUCUCUCUACUCCCACAGUUCAGGAAUCUCGAAAUCUUCCGUGGUCAGGCUCUGUGGAACGCAGUUGGUGGUGGGAAAACUGGCGAGAGCGAGAAGGCGAAGAUGCAUGAAGUUCUGGGAGAGUUGGUUGUCGCGUGCCCCAAUUUACAGGAGGUCGAUCACUGUGACUUCUACGAGAAGAGGUGGGCGUACAAACGUGUAGUGGUCGAGCGGAAGAGAGUUCUGGUGCCCAAGGGGCUUAAUGACCCAUCUGACCUCGCAUCACAUCUGGCUCAUGGAGGGGACGCUGGGGCAGAAGAGCUGGAAGAGAUCGAGGUCAUUGGCUAUGAUGUCAAGAGACCCUUUUCCAGGGCGUGCUUUGAUGUACUUGACGGUGCAUUCCACUAA